CAACAGUUUCUUCUUUAAAAUAAUAAUUUCGAUGGCAGACAAAUUAAUAAUCUUGUCAUGAUGAAAUAAAGAAAAUGAAAAAAAGAAGCAGAAUCGUGUCGUGGGCGGCUGAAUAACGGUGGUAGAGAAAGGGUGGGGCAUUUUAUGAAAUUACGGCCCUGAAGUCGCGACGCAUGCGCACUGGACUCAGAAUCGAACAAGUAGUGGGGGGUGUACUGACCGCUGAAUCCUUUGUAAUUUGUAAAAAAUCGCCGGAACAUUUGCAUUGUAUUGUUACCAUCCCUUAAGUUGGUGAUUUGUGUGGAAAAGUUAUUUCAAAUUUUUCUCAAUCAUGUCAUUGUAUGAUAUACGUGAUUGUUGGUGAUAAUUUGAUUGUUGUGACAGCGUGAGUAGACCGCCUGUGGUUUAGCGCGCGGGGAAACAAUAGUUUCAGUGCGCGUGUAUAUGUUUGUGUUAGUUGGUGGAGGCAUACGUGUCAAAGGCGUCUCGAGGGUUCAUAUGUAUAUAUACAUCACAUAUAUAUAUAUAUAUAUAUAUAUAAAAUUGUAUAAAAUGGCAACCUUGACACUUGGUGAUCGUGUCUUUGGCGGCUCGUGUAAAGUAUAAUUCGUUUGGAGAAUGAAUAUGUUCGCGUCAUCCUGGUGAAAGCUGCCGCGACAAACAUUUGCGAAAAUAUACAUAAUAAUCCUUUGCUAAGGUUCAAUAUUGGAUUUGCGACUUUGUGUGUCAUCGACACGGAUCCACGGAUGUUUCGUAUAGUGCACACACUUAUUUACUUUUUUUCGCUAUUUGUUUUGCAAAAAUGUGCAUUCAAGAACAAAUUACAACAUUGGCAGUUAAAAACCAAUAGUGAAAUCUGCGAUAUCAGAUAAGAAAAAAAAAUACCCAGCUUUUACAUGUGUGGACGUAAUCCAUGAUAUUUUGUAUGAAAUAAUCUUGAAACAGCAGAAAAUAUGUGAUUUCGGAUUUCUUAUUAAAGAGGUAGAGAGGAUUAUUUUGCAGAAAAUAAGAGACCGGAAUAUAAAGAGAGACACAGAUAGUUUAUAUACAAUAAAGUAAUCAAAAAUCUCCUGUUGAUGGCAGUUUCAAACGAUAAAACAAUGGCUCAAAUGGAACAGCAAAUUCCUAUUCCUGUGCCGGAUUUGAGCACUAUUCGAAUAACAACAGCAGUUUCUAUGCUAGGUAAAGCGUAUGGCUGUGGACAGUGUGCAGCUCCCCCGCCGGGGUCGACAAGCACUGCCGUGGGAGCAGCUGGGACAACUGGAAGUAGUGUUGCUGCUCCCAGUUCCUUGAACCUGGUUCCCGCCCAACAAACACACACGCCUCCUCAACCUCCAGAUCUGCCGGUGUUUUCAUGUCCAAGAAGGCCAAACAUAGGCCGCGAGGGCCGUGUAAUCGGUCUAAGGGCCAAUCACUUCCAAAUCACAAUGCCACGGGGUUAUGUUCAUCAUUAUGACAUUAACAUUCAACCCGACAAAUGUCCGCGUAAAGUCAAUCGAGAAAUUAUCGAGACUAUGGUCCACGCUUAUAGUAAAAUAUUUGGAUCUCUUAAGCCUGUUUUCGAUGGUAGAAGCAAUUUAUAUACCCGGGACCCAUUACCAAUUGGUACAGAUAGAGUAGAGUUAGAGGUGAUACUGCCUGGUGAAGGAAAAGACAGAGUCUUUCGAGUUGUGAUUAAAUGGGUGGCUCAAGUUUCCCUGUUCGCUUUAGAGGAGGCACUAGAAGGUCGAACUAGACAAAUUCCAUUUGAUGCGAUUCUAGCAUUGGAUGUGGUCAUGAGGCAUUUACCAUCCAUGACCUACACUCCAGUUGGAAGAUCAUUCUUUAGUACACCAGAUGGAUACUAUCAUCCCUUGGGUGGCGGAAGGGAAGUUUGGUUUGGUUUUCAUCAAUCUGUGCGGCCUUCUCAAUGGAAAAUGAUGUUAAAUAUUGAUGUAUCUGCAACUGCGUUCUAUAAAGCUCAACCAGUAAUUGAAUUUAUGUGCGAAGUUUUGGAUAUUCGAGACAUUAAUGAACAAAGAAAACCAUUGACAGAUUCGCAACGUGUAAAAUUUACCAAAGAAAUAAAAGGACUUAAAAUUGAAAUUACACAUUGUGGGACCAUGAGACGAAAAUAUCGAGUCUGCAAUGUGACGCGCAAACCUGCUCAGAUGCAAUCAUUUCCAUUACAACUAGAAAAUGGCCAAACAGUCGAGUGUACAGUUGCCAAGUACUUCUUAGAUAAGUAUAAAAUGAAACUGCGAUACCCUCAUCUUCCGUGCCUUCAGGUUGGUCAGGAGCACAAACACACGUACUUACCACUAGAGGUCUGCAACAUCGUAGCUGGACAAAGAUGUAUUAAAAAAUUGACGGACAUGCAAACAUCAACAAUGAUCAAAGCAACUGCACGUUCGGCUCCUGAUCGAGAACGUGAGAUCAACAAUCUUGUUCGACGUGCUGAUUUUAAUAAUGACUCCUACGUACAAGAAUUUGGUUUAACCAUUUCCAAUAAUAUGAUGGAAGUUAGGGGCCGUGUUUUACCACCACCUAAACUACAAUAUGGAGGACGAGUUAGUUCCCUCACUGGACAGGUAAAGAAUUAUUUAGAGGCAAAACAACAAGCGUUGCCAAAUCAAGGUGUAUGGGAUAUGAGAGGUAAACAAUUUUUCACUGGUGUUGAAAUUCGAGUAUGGGCAAUUGCGUGUUUCGCACCUCAAAGAACAGUAAGAGAAGAUGCAUUACGUACGUUUACCACACAGCUUCAAAAAAUUAGUAGCGAUGCUGGAAUGCCAAUUAUCGGACAACCUUGUUUCUGCAAAUACGCCACUGGUCCUGAUCAAGUUGAACCAAUGUUCCGAUAUCUUAAAUCAACAUUCCAAGGCUUACAACUGGUUUGCGUUGUUCUACCUGGAAAAACUCCUGUCUAUGCCGAAGUUAAAAGGGUAGGCGAUACCCUAUUAGGAAUGGCAACACAAUGUGUUCAGGCAAAGAAUGUUAAUAAAACAUCACCGCAAACAUUGUCAAAUCUCUGCCUUAAGAUUAACGUGAAACUCGGUGGUAUCAAUAGUAUUUUGGUACCUAGCAUUAGACCGAAGGUCUUUAAUGAACCAGUUAUAUUCCUUGGAGUUGAUGUGACACAUCCACCUGCAGGCGAUAACAAAAAACCAAGCAUUGCCGCUGUUGUUGGUAGCAUGGACGCUCAUCCAUCUCGGUAUGCCGCUACUGUUCGCGUUCAACAACACAGACAAGAAAUCAUUCAAGAACUCAGUUCCAUGGUCAGGGAGUUGCUGCUAAUGUUCUACAAAAGUACCGGUGGUUAUAAGCCUCUUAGGAUAAUUUUAUAUCGUGACGGUAUAUCUGAAGGUCAAUUUUUGCACGUUCUCCAACAUGAAUUGACUGCGAUUCGUGAAGCUUGCAUUAAACUAGAAGCUGAAUACAGACCUGGUAUCACCUUUAUCGCUGUUCAAAAGAGACAUCACACGCGUUUGUUCUGCGCUGAUAAAAGGGAACAAAGUGGUAAAAGUGGAAAUAUUCCAGCGGGAACUACUGUCGAUGUGUGCAUCACGCAUCCUACUGAAUUUGACUUUUACCUAUGCAGUCAUCAAGGUAUUCAGGGAACAUCGAGACCUUCACAUUAUCACGUGCUUUGGGAUGACAAUAAUUUUGAGAGUGAUGAAUUGCAAUGUCUCACCUAUCAACUUUGUCACACUUAUGUCAGAUGUACAAGAUCGGUUAGCAUACCAGCUCCAGCUUAUUAUGCUCAUCUGGUUGCUUUUCGUGCUAGAUAUCAUUUAGUUGAAAAGGAACAUGAUAGUGGAGAAGGAUCUCAUCAAUCAGGCUGUAGUGAAGAUAGAACGCCAGGUGCAAUGGCACGAGCAAUAACAGUUCACGCUGAUACAAAGAGAGUUAUGUACUUUGCGUAAUUUAUAUGCAUGUUGAUCAUCUGCGAAAUCGCCAUAUCCACUGAAAGAAACGAUUGGGGGGUGUUACUUUUUAUCAAAACGAAAAAAAAAACAACAAAUAGCUAAUGAUUGAUAGCUAAAAUAUUAACUUAAAAUGAUCAUAUUAUCUUCGAAAUCAUUUCUUUCAGUGUCUUUAAGAGUAAAGUAAACGGAGUAAAGAUCGUAGGCUACUUAACAAAACAAAACAAAAAAAAAGAAAGAAAAAUUGACGUUUGAAAGCUCGUGGUCGGCCAAUUUUUUUUUUUUAAAUAUACAUUCGUAUAGAUUGCUUACAAAUAUCAUGUCAUAUCUCUGCUAGACAAUGAAAUCAUGAAAUGAAUUUAAUGGAUUUUAUAAUUAAUAUCUUCCGGCAGAUAAAUUUUGAUCUCUGUUUGUUUUUUGAGACAAAUUGUAUAGAUUUUUUAUAAUGAAAAGGUGCUUUUCUUUUAGUUAAUCAUGUUUUAGAUUAAGAUUUUUCGCAAUUUCACUAAAUGUAUUAGUGAAGUUUUUUUCUCUUUUAUAAAGAUUUGGCUUUUGAGCCGGAAUUACGCUUAUUUUUUGUUAUUUUUUUUUGUUUUUUGCUUGAGGUAUUUAUUUUACCUCUCUUUUUUUGAAACCAGCAUUUUUAUCAUAUCGGGGGAAAAAAAAAUUGAAAAAUAUAUUUACACAAUUCCUGCAAUCAUUAAACACUAAACUGCCAUCAUAAUGUUUUACCAUAAUGUAUAUGUUAAUUUAAAAACAAAAAUGCAAUUACGAGGCUUGAGCUUAAUACUUAACAUUAGGAUUGGUUUAAUAAUAAAUUGAAAGAGAGA